AGCAAAAGACAUGUAUAAGUGAUCUUCACUAUAACACUCCAAAGACUACAAUGGUUUCUUCUUUGCAUACCUUUAUUCUUGUUGUUGUCCUGUUUGCCCUCUUCUCAAUUCAAACUGCCAUGUCUACUUCUCACCACCACCACCACCACCACCACCAACACGAAAUCAAGUUCAUCCACUUUGCGCUCUUUCAACACGAAACCAUAAACAAAACCGGGUAUUUCAUAGUGAAAGGUGUGGCCGGGGCCAACGUUUCUCAGACAACAACGCCUUUCGGAACCUUGUUCGCCUUUCAGGACCCCAUGACCAUCAAAGCGAACAGGUCUUCAAAAGUGGCCGGCAUUGCAGAAGGAACUUCCAUCACUUCCAGCUUAGAUGGCCUCCGCAGCCUUUCUAUAGCCUCUAUCACUCUCCGCCUGAAGCACCACAGUGGCUCAAUAUCCAUAGUCGGAAGCACGCACAACACCAAGCCCUCGGACCAUCCGGUGGUGGGAGGCACCGGUGACUUCACUUUUGUGCAAGGCUACGUUACCUCCUCCCCCGUCAAUCUCAAGGGCAUCACAGUCACCUACAAGAUUGAAUUUCACCUCUACUGGCCUCCCUAUGCGACUCAGCUUCAAGCCUCCUCCUAGACUUGAAUUUCACCUCUACCGGCCUCCGCACGCGACUCAGCUUCAAGCCUCCUCCUAGACUCUUGCUCCGUUUCUGCUAGUCUUAUUUCACCUUUUCAAUGUCCAAUUCAUCCAGAUUUAUGCUUUGUUACCCAUCUUUAUCUUUCCUCUAAAUUUUAAUGCCAUGCGAUAGUUUAGAUUGUCCAGACAUUAAAUAGGAAAUAAAAAGCACGAUUGUUUUUUAA